CCGGCACGCGGCACCGCGCACGCGCGGCGGCCAUUUCCGACGCGGCGGUGAAGGUUCGGGCGCGGCCGCCGCGCCCGGUUCUUGCCCGCCCGCUGGGCCUCGCCGCCUCCCGCCCGGCCCAGCGGUUGCUUCCGGCCCGCCGCCCGGUGCCGGUUCCCGUGCCCUGUGCUCUCCUGCCGGCGCGCUGCCCUCUGCCCGUGGCGCGUCCUCGGCACCAUGUCUCGAAGAUAUGACUCCAGAACUACCAUAUUUUCUCCGGAAGGUCGCCUGUACCAGGUUGAGUAUGCCAUGGAGGCCAUCGGCCAUGCAGGCACUUGCCUGGGAAUUCUAGCAAACGAUGGAGUUCUGCUGGCAGCAGAGCGGCGCAACAUUCACAAGCUUCUCGAUGAAGUGUUUUUCUCAGAGAAAAUAUACAAGCUUAAUGAGGAUAUGGCGUGCAGCGUUGCAGGAAUAACUUCAGAUGCCAAUGUUCUAACAAAUGAGCUGAGACUGAUUGCACAGAGGUAUUUGUUACAGUAUCAAGAGCCCAUUCCUUGUGAACAACUAGUAACAGCACUGUGUGAUAUCAAGCAGGCUUAUACACAGUUUGGAGGAAAACGUCCUUUUGGUGUUUCAUUGCUCUAUAUUGGCUGGGAUAAGCAUUAUGGAUUUCAGCUGUACCAAAGUGAUCCUAGUGGUAAUUAUGGAGGGUGGAAAGCCACAUGCAUUGGGAAUAAUAGUGCUGCAGCUGUGUCAAUGCUGAAGCAAGACUACAAAGAAGGAGAAAUGACCUUAAAGACUGCCCUGGCAUUGGCCAUUAAGGUUCUAAACAAGACCAUGGAUGUCAGCAAGCUCUCUGCUGAGAAAGUUGAAAUUGCAACACUGACAAGAGAGAACGGAAAGACAGUAAUAAGGGUUCUGAAGCAAAAGGAGGUGGAACAAUUGAUAAAACAACAUGAGGAGGAGGAAGCAAAAGCUGAACGUGAAAAGAAGGAGAAAGAACAAAAAGAGAAGGAUAAAUAGAAUAUGAAAUCAAGUGUUCUCUAGAUAAUAAAGGACCUGCUUCAGCAAAAGAUAAUCUGGAUUUUUGUGCUGUAGAAGCCUACAGCUAUGCCAUGGAGGACCCAGAAGUACUUUUGAUGAACCAGGUCCUUAGUCAUCAUUUAGAUAAUUAGUUUACUGCUCCUUACAUUGACCAAUAAUUGCUUUAAUUCUUGAACACUCUUUCUUUCAUCUUCUAUUUUUUAUUAUGGAAUAAAAUUUAAGAAGAAUA